CUGCGUGCUUCUUGACGCAGCUCGCUGAGGCUGCUGUCUGUAGGACGACCGGAUAACCGGAUAACGGGAACCGAGAAAGGGGGACAGGGAGCAAAAACCGCGUCAGUCUGACACACAGAGAGUCGGGGUACUAUUGUAUAACACGGGCCUUCAGUCUUUUUCACUCCCGGUUUACCGGAGGAGCAACGGCUGCUUUUCUUGCUAUUUUCCUCCUGUUUUUUCUCUCUCUGUCAUCACGGAGCCGGAGCAGCGGCGGCGGCGGGGCUCGGUGCUGCAUCGGCCGCUGGCGGAGGACCGGCACAUGUCGGCGAGCUGAGGGUUUGUCUCCACCCGCCCUGAUACGGUUGGAGGUCGGCAGGAGGAGGAGGAGGAGGUGGUGGAGGUUGUGUGGAGGAGGUUUUAAUCCACCUCUGAGAGAGAAAACACACACUAACGAGAGCAGGUGCGGCCGUCUGAACGGUCGACAGAGGAGCCGUUAAAAAACACCGAGAAGGACAACAGUGAUGCAGCAGCCGAGGUGGGCCCAGAUUGAUGCUUUCAUGAUAUCAUCAUCCACCACCAGGACACACCACUGAUAUCUAUUGAUAAGGAGCAUCAUCGAGGAGAAUAGACUGACCUGGGCUACUGGAUAAACAGGAGCUGCUUCAUUAUUCUCUUUACAUGAGGAGGGAUCAAUUAUAGAAAACCCACAUUUAGGCCGAUGACUUAAGUCUGUGUGUGUGUGUGUGUGACGCCAAUACAGCAGCAGAGAGGCGUGUUUGUGUGUGUGUGUGUGUGUGUGAGAGAGAGGAGAGAGGAGACGCGCCUGUCUGAGCAUCAUCUGGUAGCUGCACAGGGCUACUCCUCCACAAGGGAUGAUACACAAGAUAUUUGACAUCUGUGCGUGAAAAAGCAGAAGAAUCAGGGAUGCUGCUGCUGCCAUCAUCAUCUCCAGUCCGGCUCUGAUAGAGAGACAGCAAGGAUCACCGCACCAGGACUGGACAUCCAGAAUAAUACUAGCUCUCCUCACCUCUCUCUUCUGCACCUUUCUCCCUCCUCCUCCUCCUUCCUCCUCCUCCUCCUCCACCCCAGAGCCUCUAUCCAUUCUGAUCAAUUGAUAAUCCAUCUGUGAUUCAGAAAGCCAACCCACUCCUCCAUCCAUCCCUCUCUCUCCUCCCUCCAUUCAUCUUCUUCUCAAGCGAACCCCCUUUUUACGCACUCACACAAGGCGUGCAAAAGACACCACAGCCAUCAUCAUGGAGACGACCAAGCUGCCUCCGACCAGCCCGUCCUCGCCGACCACCAGCUUCUCGGUGCCGUCCGCGGAGAAGGUGGACGGCUUCCCGCGGAGGUCGAUGCGCAGAGCCCGGCAGAGGAGGUCCCACAGCUCAUCCCAGUUCCGCUACCAGAGCUCCCAGGUGGAGCUCACCCCACUGCCACUGCUCAAAGACGCCCCGGUGGCAGAGUUACACGACCUGUUCUGUAAGAAGCUGCAGCAGUGCUGCGUGCUGUUUGAUUUCCUGGACUGCGUGGCUGACCUGAAGGGGAAGGAGAUCAAACGUGCGGCGCUCAAUGAGCUGGUGGAGAGCGUGGCCACUAGCAGAGGAGUCCUCAUAGAGCCUCUGUACCCAGAGGCUAUAAAGAUGAUCUCUGUAAAUAUCUUCCGGACUCUCCCACCCAGCGAGAAUCCAGAGUUUGACCCCGAGGAAGAUGAGCCAACACUCGAAGCCUCCUGGCCGCAUCUGCAGCUGGUGUACGAGUUCUUUCUGCGUUUCCUGGAGAGCCCGGACUUCCAGCCCUCCAUGGCCAAGCGCUACGUCGACCAGAAGUUUGUCCUGCAGCUCCUGGAGCUGUUUGACAGCGAGGACCCCAGGGAGAGGGAGUACCUAAAGACCAUCCUGCACCGUGUCUAUGGAAAACUACUGGGCCUCCGAGCCUACAUCCGCAAACAGAUCAACAACAUCUUCCUCAGGUUCAUAUAUGAAACUGAGCACUUCAACGGAGUCGCAGAGCUUCUGGAAAUCCUCGGCAGCAUCAUAAAUGGCUUCGCCCUGCCCCUGAAGGCUGAACACAAGCAGUUCCUGGUUCGGGUUCUCAUCCCGCUACACACGGCAAAGUCCCUUUCUAUCUUCCACGCACAGCUGGCCUACUGUGUGGUGCAGUUUAUGGAGAAAGAUGCUACAGUGACUGAAUAUAUCAUCAGAGGGCUGCUCAAGUACUGGCCAAAAACCUGCACGCAGAAAGAGGUGAUGUUCCUGGGGGAGAUUGAGGAGAUCCUGGAUGUGAUCGAGCCGUCUCAGUUCAUCCGGGUCCAGGAGCCGCUCUUCAAACAGAUCGCGGCCUGCAUCUCCAGCCCUCACUUCCAGGUAGCGGAGCGGGCUCUUUACUUCUGGAACAACGAAUACAUCCUCAGUCUGAUAGAGGAGAACUGUCAAGUCAUCCUGCCGCUGGUAUUCGCCACCCUCUACAGAGUCUCCAAGGAGCACUGGAACCAGACCAUCGUGUCUCUGAUCUACAACGUGCUGAAGACCUUCAUGGAGAUGAACAGCAAGUUGUUUGAUGAUCUCACUGCCUCCUACAAAGUGGAGAAACAGAAGGAGCUGAAGCGAGAGAGGGAGCGCGCAGAUCUCUGGCGAGGCCUGGAGGAGCACCAGGACCGCCGGAUGCAGAUGCUCACGGAGGCCGCCCGGAACCAGCGCAACCUCCAGGAGCGAGGCGAGAGAGGGGACCCGCCGACCCCUUCGUCCCCGCAGACGGCUCACUCCGACCAGCCCGAGCCCAAGCCCAGCGGGGCCUCUUCUUCCUCCUCCGGAGCCGGGGAGAGCGCCACCUAGGUGCUGCUCCACAGAGAUUGGAUAGCACGGGGGUUAGGGGACGGGGAGAAGACACGAGGUUGAUGGUGAAAGUGUUGGGAGAGAAAAGGUACAAAACAAAAUCCACUGUUCUUUUUAUCUCGCAUCAUCGAGGGCGUGGCUUUUUUGUGAAAAAGUGCACAAGCUCAGUGAUCCGAGGUAAAGGCCGCACCUUUUUUUUCUGACGGAGUUGUGUGAAACUGGUUCACUCUUUUUUGCUGUACACACAUUAUGUUGCAGAUCAGAAGAUGAAUAUCGUCCAAAAGUGCAGACUGUCAUUGUAAUUACCGGCUGGUUUAUUAAACUGCAGGUCAGUAUCCAAAAUUGGUAGCUGGCCUGCUUCAAAUCAGCCUCGAAAUAAGAGAUGAAAUUUCUCUUUUGGUGCAACACUAACCAAGUUUAACAUGUGUCUAACUUGUCUUGAUAUUUAACCAACCGAGUCAGAGUCUGUACUGUGGCCUCGUAUUUAUCUUUCGGUCAGAGAUGCUUAUUUCAUGCGUGGAUAGCACAAUACAUCAAUAAACAAAAGAAGCAAUUUCACACAAAUGUCCCUAAACUAUUGCCGCACAGACCAGACACACACACACACACACACACACGCACACGCACACACACACACACAGAAGCAGGUACAUAUUUACUGUAAAUACGGCAGAGCUACAGAGAGAAAGUGUAUCCAGGUCAAACAAAUCACACACGCCAACACUCGAUUGAUGCACCAAAAUAUCUCAUAAAGUUCAAUUUUUAACACUCACAUACGUACAGACACACACACACACACACACACACACACACACACACACACACACACACACGCACACACACAGCUGGUUCUGGCGCUAGCUCCUCUCCCAUUCUGUCGGGUUCCACCAAAGGACGAGUCUCUCAAGGUUAAAUAACCACCGAUGAAGAUGAUGAUAAUGAUAUAAAGUACAAUACUGUUCCUUCUUCUUACUUGUUACUCUACUACUACUACUCUACUCUACUCUAAGUACUACUGAUGAUGAUGAUGAUGAUGAUGAUGAUGAUGAUAAUGUUUUUAUAUAUAUACACAUGUCUCUGGAUAUUUCUGUAGUGUAUUAUGGGAGAAACACUAGUGUAGCAGAUACCAUAAAGGGGAAGGCCGGCUCCAAUUCUGAAUUCACAUCACAUGUUAACUGUACGAGGCCAUAAUGUGAGUGCUGAAAUUCAGCGGAAUUCCCCUUUAACAGACCUUAAAGUGGGGAGGAAUGAACUGGAUUGGCGGCGGCUGUUUUUCUUUUAUUUUGAAAUUUUGGCUUUUUGUGGUGCGGCGGGUGGAUUUUAAAGGGGUAUUUCGUAAAAAUCCAAAAACAUUCCAUAUUUAAAGAUUUUUUUGUUUGUUUAAAGGUGCCAUGUGGAGCUUUCUAAAACAAACAAAGUUGUGUUUACAUUCAGUGUUAUUCACUAAAACACAUUGUGUAUAUGUGCAUUUCCUUUUUUUGAAAUAUAUUUUAACUCUUGCAUUGUUUACAUCCAUGUUUACUUGCUAACAUUCUUCUUCUUCCCUGCCUUUUUUUGGCAUGUUGCUAAGUUUUUUUGCACAAUACCGCCACCAACUGUUGAUCAAUGGAGUAGCAUGAAACCGCCUGUGUGCCCAUGUGCAUACAUGUGAAACAUGUGCAGUACAAACAUAAUGGGGACCCGCUCAUAAAAACUUUGCUCUAUAGCGCUACUAGUGGUCCAAAACUCCACAGGGCACCUUUAAUUUUGAUGAUGCGGCACACGGUGAUGAUUUUUUGGUUAAAAGUUUAACAAAUUUACUCAUUUGCCUAGGUUACAUUUUACAAAGUUGAACUUUACAACCGCCCAAUUUCUGACCAAAAAUGUAUCCUAGCAGACUACUAAACCCCACCCGACACAGAGGUUACCGGAGGACAAAUAAAGCGCACCACAAGUGUUUCAGACCAAAAGAAAAACACAGUGAUCCAGUUGGAUUUCUGCACCCGGAGCGUCUGUUCCUUUCGGCUCAGCAGACCUGACGCUGCUAGGUGGCGACCAUGACGAUGAUAACUUUUUUUUCCGGUGUGAACCAAGAAAAAUCUGUUUAUUCUUGUCUGAUCAUUAUGAUAGAGUGAUGGGAUAAUGAGAGGGGGGGGGGGGGGGAAACCAGAAAAAAAUUAUUUUAGCAAUAUUUUCAUUCUUUCAGGAUAAUCUGUGUGUUUUUAGGGGGUUAAACAGGAAGUGGGUGUCCCACUCAAAUGUUUACCCCCCACUCUUGUUUUUACUCCUGUUGCGUCCUUGAUAUUCACAUUGUCUUAAAGGUACUUUCUGUGUAAAUUUCUUUGAUGAAAAAUGAUUUUUGCUUUGUAA